AUGCCCCCGGUCCGUUACGAUCAACACCCGCCUCGCACAGCGCCUCCCCUCUUCCUCCCCGCCUCCCUCUCUCCUCUAUCCCCCGUCUACGCGACCCCGCGUGAAGCAUCAGCCCCCCGCAAGCCCAACCUCGGCGACGACAUGGCGCGCUCCGAGGAUGAGUAUGGUAAGUUGCUUACACCGUCUUUCCGCUCCGCUCGCCCGCGUCCCGUCCGUCGCGAUGGCCCUCCGGCGCGCCCCUGCGCGGCGCCUUCCGUGUGGCUGCAACGCCCGCAGCGGCACCGGGCGCGUUCCGGCGCCGUCGCCGCUGCUUUGCCGGGGCGGCGAGCGGAGCUGCGGCUGCCCGCAACCGCUGUAACACAUCACCUCUCUUCGUCGCCCCCGAGUCUACAUUGUUCCACCGUUUGA